AUGAGGGAUGGGCGUCUGUUUCUCGCCGAUUUCAGUUGCAUGAAGGAGGCGAGCGGGAAGACUCGCGCGGCUAAAAGAUGCCCAUCCGCGACCAUGGAGACUGAUGUCACGAGCCUCGGGUCAGUUUUACUCGAGCUGUGGGAUAUAUCGGUUAUUAACGUCCUACCCACCGAAGGAGAACAGGAACCGCCGUUUCGGGGCGUUGCGCCGCCCUCGUACGUUGUACGCCUGAUCCGCGGCUUCAUCCACCAUUCGCGCUCCAAACGGGUGAGUCCCAUGCAGGCGCUGACCAGUCCCGAGAUGGCCCAACUUGUAGAAGAAAUACAGCAGUCACCGCUGCAGUACAGCAGUCAAGGAGACUCGGAGUUGGCAGAGGGCCCCCCCUCAGGUGAUGGUGCGGGAGCUGCCGGACAGGCCGCGUCCGCGCAAGACGCCGCCGCCUCGGAACCUCUUGGCGACACGUCAGGAGACGACUCAGAUGCUCCAACGACUGCCGCAGGUACCGCUGGUGAUAUUGGAGGUGCUAGCGAUUCCCAGCCUUGA